UCCCGUAGUUUCAAGUCACUGUGCUCCACUAUUCUGUCUCGCUAUUACCGACGGAACUUGAGAGAGAGAGAGAGAGAGAGAGAGAGGGGUGAGUCAGUGAGUCAUUCACGAGUGAAGGCACAGCGCAGGUAUUCUAUUGAUUAAUCUAUGGCAACACAUCGAGUAACAACAACACUCAACAUGUCUCUGCCUGCUUCACAAAAUUCUGUGAAUGUUUCGGUAAUGCCGGCGUCGCAACAGAAAAUCACAAUACCAAACAAGUUUGGCGAAAAACUUGUUGGUAUACUACAUGAAACUGGAUCUGUGGAGAUUGUGAUAUUGUGCCAUGGUUUUCGAUCCACAAAGGAACGGGACAUUAUGGUGAACGUUGUUGUUGCUUUAGAAAAAGAAGGAAUCACUGCCUUCCGCUUUGACUUUGCUGGAAAUGGGGAAAGUGAAGGUUCCUUUCAAUUUGGUUACUAUUGGAGAGAAGCUAAAGAUUUGCGUGCCAUUAUCCAACACUUCAAUGGAGCAAGCCGUGUAACAAGUGCAAUUCUUGGUCAUAGUAAAGGAGGAAAUGUGGUGCGCCUGUAUGCAUCAAAGUAUCAUGAUAUCCACACAGUUGUCAAUGUUUCUGGUGGUUAUAAUUUGGAGAAGGGCAUUGAAGAACACUUUGGUAAAGACUUCAUUGAAAGAACCAAGAAGGAGGGAUAUUUGGAUGUUGAAAAUAAAAAAGGAGAAGUUCUCUUUCGAGUGACUGAGGAAAGUUUGAUGGAUUGCCUAAAUACAAAGAUGCAUGAUGCAUGCCUUAAGAUUGACAAAAAUUGCAGGGUGUUGACUAUCCAUGGAUCUGCUGAUGAAAUAGUUCCGGUUGAAGAUGCCUCGGAGUUUGCCAAGAUCAUACCUAACCAUAAAUUACACAUCAUUGAAGAAGCCAAUCAUGUAUACACUAAACAUCAAGCUGAGUUAAUCUCAGUUGUUCUGCCCUUCAUAAAAGGUGCUUAAUGGAACGUUCUCAUGAUAUAGAGAGAGAUGAUUGAACUAUAAAUUGAGAGGGCUAUCAAGUUGGUUACCCCUUCCCCAAUCCUUAUUAUACUGGUUUAUGAGUGCAAUGACUAUAUACAUAAGCAUCAAGUGAUUAACUAUUUCGCAGCUAACAUAGAUCCUUUAUUCUUGCAUCACUGCACUCUCAUAUGGCUGUAAAACACCAUAUUAGGGUUUCAUAUGGUUUUUGAAUGCAAUGACUAUGCAUAUGGUUAAUUUCUUGGCUCAGCAAUCAAUAUAGUUACUCUCUCUACUAAUGCAGGAAAUUAAUUUCCAAGCAGAUUAAGUUACUCUCUUGUUUGUUUAUAAUCAUGGUUACUGUACUGUA